GCAUUAUGAUAUAAAUGAGUAAUGCGGACAUUUUCAAAGUAUAUAAUUAUCUUCUACAGAUUAAUCUAGUCGAUAUUUUCAUAAUAUGACUAAAAUUUUGAUUUUGGCUUUAUGUUAUAAUUUGCAAGUUAUUGUCGGAAAAGAAGGAUUAUGUAGUGAAGAAGGAAGUUCAACAAAGUGUUGCCCAGAUUAUAAAUGGAAUGGAUUAGAAUGCACUCGAUGUUUUGGACAAUUUGGUCCACAAUGUACUAUGCCAUGUAAAACCGGCUUCUGUGGAUUUGGUUGUCGAGAUCAUUGUUUGUGUGAUCAGUGUGAUCCAUUCAACUGUUCCUGCCAAAAUGCUACUGAAACAACUAUGGGAAAUCAUUUUACCGAAUCUUUGAUUGUCACAACAGUUGUUGUAAUCGGAUUUUGUCUCGUUACUACAACUGUAAUGGCGGGUUACCUUAUACGAUGUUUAAAAAGAAGGGGCAAAAAGAAAGAUAAAGACCAUCAUCAGGAAUCAAAUACAUUGGAACCUGAAAUUUCAUUGCGUGAUUCUGAAGGAGCCACAGACAACCAAAGCCAAACAAAUAAACAGAGGACAGAUCUGGGUAUAAACGCACAGAAAAACACUUCCGGCCAGAGGCUUACGUCGAUGAUGUAUACAACUGAUGACCCUUUGUUUGAAUACGAAUUGAGUAAAACCAUCGAAUAUUAA